AUGGAAGAAGAAAGUCAGCAGAUAGAAGAUACAGAUCCAAAAAAUCCGGUAAGUUUAUUAAAUUUUCAAGAAAAUCAAUAUUUUCGGGUUUUUUCAGUUCAAAACGCUUCCAAUUGAAAUGAACAAGAUGGUUUUGGAGUAUUUGGAUCCGAUUUCAAAGAUCAAUUUUGGAAGAUCCUCGAAAUUCUGCGAUUUCGUGAGCACGAUUUAUGAUGAUCAAGUUGUGGAAAUCGCUUGGAAUGGGAGCCCCAGAGAUUUCAGUUUUCGACUUCGGAAUUCUCCCAAUGUUAUGUAUAGUGUAUGGCUUGUCACGAGAGAAGAACCAAAUAGAACUAUUAACGUUGCUCAAAUAUCCGAUGUUUUUGAAGAUUUUACGAGGAUUGACAAUCAGGAAGAACUCUGGGUAACCAAAUUCUAUGCGAACAUGCUGGAUGAGACUAGAAAUGUGAAUUCUAGACUUUGGGAAAAGGAAUUUCGAGGAAACAAUUUCGAUUUGUCAGUUCGAUAUUUUCUGGAGUUAUUGAGAAGAAAUCAAAAUUCAAUCAGAAAUCUGUCAAUAUUUUGUGAUGAUCGAAUGAGCCAAUUUAUGAGCAAUUUAUCAAUCAAUAAUUAUAAUUUAUUUUUUCCGAGAAAUCUGGAAACAAUCAAAGUUACUGGAAAUCUACCAAAUUAUGAGAAGCUAUUCAUGAUUCCUGAUGUAACAAUUGAUGGAACAGAAUUGAAUCUGGAAGCAUUGAAGAAUUUCAAAUCUUCAUUUCUUAUUUUAUCAGAAAAAACGAUAAGUUUGGAAGAUUAUAAAGAAUAUCUGGAAUUAUGGAGUCAAGGAGAACUUCAUGAAAAUUUGGAGAAAAUUGAGUGGAAUACGGGGAAUUCGAGAAUGUCUCGACCACCGAUUGAGGCAAAUAUUUUUGAAUCUAGUUUUGCUGACAAAAUUGGACCGCGUGAAAAUACACGGGAAGGGUUAGUUUAGUUUGAUUUGAGUUCUGAAUUUGCCAAUAACAUUUUCAGAUAUGUGCAAAGAUUUGAAAUAAUCACCAAUAUUCUGGAAACAAAUUAUCGAUUGAUUGGAGUAUUUGUUGAAAAUGUUAUACUGUCUGGACUUCCUCCGCUUAACUCGAAAGUUACUGUUGAGAAGAAGCCAAUUGAUUAA